CCUGGGGGACAGAGGGGACCGGGGGAUGGCGGUCAGGGCGGCAGGGCACAGCCCCCCACUCCAGACUUGGAGGACGGCCUAGGCAGAACUACAGUCCUGAGUCAAGGAGUGAGGCUGCCCGGUACUUCUCCGCGGGCUCUCCUCCCACCCAUCACAAGCAACCCCCAUCAACAGUCAGCCCUGCUCCAUCUUCUCGGGCUGAAUCACUGCGUGCGCCAGCCAGGCCCUGUCUCCCUUCAUUUCCUCCCCGCCCUUUAUUUGUCACUCCUUUUGGCCACCCGUGGCUCGGGCUUCUCACAGGUUUCCAAUGAAGGCGCCGUCAGAGGUGCAGGAGACCACUGCCCCCUCCCCGCGGUCUGGCUCCUGCCAGGACUAAGAGAAGGGAGCCCUGCCCUAGACACAGGCUCAGUCAGCCCUGCACUAGAAGGAGAAACAAGCAUGAGGCCACCCGCCUCCUAAAAAUACACACCAGGGCUGCAGGAGGGCAGGGCCCGUGCCUUCUUUUAUGAUCUUGCCAGCGCAGUGCAGGGGAUUAAAGAGUGCUCUAUGUUAAUAAUCAAAAGAAUAAUAAACAACCAACCCAACGCGCCAAUGUUGUGGGGUGGAGAGGCAGCUCUACAGUGGCGCUCAGAUCCACCCACCCCACACCCUGAUAAGGUCUGCAGUGGGAACGAAAUCACUUCUCCCAUCAGUGUAGCUGCAGCUAUGUGAAGUGUGAAGCCCAUCUGAGUUGGCACAGAAGUGAGCCAGGCCAGGGGGGCUGCGGAGCAGAGCCAACCGCUGAGCCCUGUUCUGUGGCAGACCCAGCGAGUGCACGCUCACAGGGUAAGUUCAGUGGUCAGUGACCUGGGGAAUGUGAAGGGAGUGACUGGGGUUAAGAUGCCAGACCCUGGCCAACUGGUUUGAAGUAAGGGCUGUACAGAACCAGUAAGUGUGACUCAGCCCAGAUCCCCCUGCUUCUCUGACAGUGCCAGCCUCGUGUGUCCCAGGCUGCGGCAGCUCUGAGGACGGUAGCCCUCCCAGCCAGGCCCGCCUGCCUAAGCUUCGCCCAGGGCACUGCUGACAAUUCAGGGCAGCCCCGUGUGGCCCAACCCUUUCCACAGAGGGACUCCAAAGAAGGCCCAGGUGGCCCAAGGCAGGAUAGGAGGCAGCAGGACCCGGGCCCUCAACUGCUCUCUCCUGCCCUGAGGCUAUGGGAGUAAAUCCAGGAAGAUGAGGAACCGCCAGACUGGCUGUCAGGCUGAGGGGAGAGCAGUCCUCCUUCCCCAAGGCUUGGCUAAGGAAGGCCUGUCACAGGCCCCAGGACUGAGUCACCCACACUAGUGACAGGUCUCUCUUCCUUCCCCAACAACUGUUCCACAUGCCUGCCUUUCAAUUAAUUCCCACCCUCCUUGGGCUCCUCCCUCCCGGGCACUGGGGGGGCGGGAGGGGGGUUGGGGAUCCAGGCCCAUGGGCUAGGGCCCCAGGCAGAUAGGCUGUGGGGGGAAAAAGGAAGCAACGUGGUGACGCACAAAGCAGGGCUGCCCCCAGAGAGUCCUCAGGGAAGUCCGAAGCUCCCCAGUGCCCUGGGGUGUUGGCCACAGCUGGCCCAAUCCCAGCCCGCGGAUGCUGCAAUUACCUAAGAGCAUGAAACCCGGCUUCCCACCUGACUGAGUCACCUGAAAACAACACAUCCCCACUGCCACACACUGGCACAAACAGCCAAGCCACUAAUCAAGAGUCCGGGAGCUGCGGCGGAGAGGCCAGGUGCAGGGACCGGGGAGGGGAGGUGAGCUCGGGCCCACCCGGAGCGGCCGCCACCGGGGAAGCAGUCCAGGCCGCUCUAGCACCGCGAGAUCCAUCUCUGGCACCUCGGCGGGGCUGCCCACACUCCGACUCCAGUAAGUGCGGGUUUCUCCCCAGCGCCCGAUCAAGUAACCAGGCCACUCCUGUCCCUCUGGGAAGCUCCUGUCCCUGGGAAGUCCCACCUCUCUGCUCUCCGGGACAAAAGCACUCUCUUCCCAGGACCUCUUGCCACCGUCCAAGAUGCUGGCCAAAAGUCUGUGCUUCUAGCCCAGUAGGGCUGUCCCCUGGCUCUUGCCAGUCACUGCUCCAGCGGGGACUAAUGGUCCCCAGCUACUCUUGAACUGGGCUGCUGAGGUACCAGGCUCGUCUGCUGGCUCCCCUGGGUGCCAUGGAGACCUGGCGGAAAGGCUCCUUCCGCAACGCCUCCUUCUUCAAGCGGCUGAGCCUAGGGCGGCCGAGGCGACUCCGGCGACAGGGCAGUGUGCUCAGCCAGGCAAGCACGGCUGGCGGGGACCACGAGGAAUACAGCAACCGAGAGGUCAUCCGGGAGUUGCGAGGGCGGCCGGAUGGCCGGCGCCUGCCCCUGUGCGGGGACGAGCAGCCCCGGGCCACCCUGCUGGCCCCACCCAAGCCUCCCCGCCUCUACCGAGACAGCUCCAGCUGCCCCAACAUCCUGGAGCCCCCCCCUGCCUACACCGCUGCCUACUCGGCCACGCUGCCCUCGGCGCUCUCCCUGGCGGCCACCUUCCACCACUACUCUGAGGACAACCUUCUGGACACUCCCCCUUUCCAGGGGACACCUGCUCCAGACCUGAGUGAUCCCUUCUUCUCCUUCAAAGUAGACCUGGGGAUUUCACUUCUUGAGGAAGUUCUACAGAUGCUGAGGGAGCAAUUUCCGAGUGAACCUGGCUUCUGAAUGGGGUGCGGGUGGGCAGAGGUGGGGUAACUGGAGGAGCCAGAAGCCUGGAAAGAGGGUGCAGCUGCAGAUUAAGAAAAAGGUAGGGAUAGGAAUCCAGGAUCCUGCCUGCCCUCCAGGUCCUGAACAGUCCUCCACGUCACCCCGGAGCACAGUGUCCGGACAGAAGGACAGAGGCAAGCCGGAAAUGCUGUGAGGGGCACUCACUGGCAGGAGCCCUGAAGGCAGCUAGCUAGGCUGAGGCCACGCCUGUAACCACAGGGACGGGGCAGAGGCCAGCAGAGGGGGAGGGCAGCACAAGGUGUGUCGGGGAGUGGAGGACAUGCAGACUGUGCAGGUCAGGCAGGUGCCCUGCACCAGCCCCUCUGAAGCCACUGUUAACACAUCACAGGACAGGACUAGACAAAAGUGGUCCCCCCCCACUAGCUACAUGUGGCUGUUCACAUUGCAACUAAGUAAAAUUAAACAUUUAGUGCCUUGGUUGCACGAGCCACAUUUCAAAUGUUCAACAGCCACACGUGCCGAAUGGCUACCACAUUGGACAGUGCGGGCUGAACAUGAACAUCACUGGAGAAAGCCCUAGUGGGCAGCAUGGGUCUAGGCCACAGCCUGGAGCCACGAGUGCCACGGUGGGUGAGGGGGACAGCCAGGCCCUGCAGGGGCGGGGCUGGCAGAGCAGGAAGAGCGAGGCAGGUAGAGGUGCAGAGCACAACUCGGGGAAGGCCAAACAAAUCAUUUGCCGAAAAGGGACAAGAGAGACAAGCUGCCAACGCUGCUGCCCAGAGCAUGCCCUGAGCCUGAGGAAGGAGGCUGUAGGGGCCGCCAGCCACAGGCACAGGCGCAGCCUGCAAAGGGCUGCUUGGAGGAGUUCCCACAGUUAUUAGUGAUGGGAACCCUUGGGAGAUGUAGCAGAAACAGUGGCAGAUUUCCCUUUCUGCCCCAAGAGCAUAGGAGAACCGGAUCAGGGGAUGGACACAAAAGUCGUGGCUGCUACUGUGAAGAAGCUCAGCGAGUCUCCAGAAUUCUCCACCAGGACUGGGGAGCUCUGCCUUGCCCGAACCCCCUGAUGAUGGGGGCCCGCCACCCAGGGCCGAGCCCACUGGUCAAGGCCAAAGGCUGUGCUAGGGCUCCCAGCUUGUGGCCUGGCCAGAAGACUUGAAACCAGAACCACAAUGGCUGGUCACGUGGUUCUGACACGCUAAGCCUCUCCAAGCCUGGCAGACGGGGAGAGAAGCUUCGACGCACACUGCUUGCAUACCCCAGCCUAUGGCCUCCCUCUUCCCUCCUCUGCGCGGACUUGUGGAGGUGAAAGCCUCCCCUCUAGAUGCAGGAGAAAAUGAAUAAAGUUGUUUGUAACAUGGC